AUGCCAAGACUAAGAAAAAUCCUGUUCUACCUCGUGGUGCUCGUAUCAUUCUUCCUGGUGAGAAGAAGUUUUGUGAACGAUUCAGGCAAGGAACAGUUCCCGGUUGUAGUCAUUGGGUCUGGUCUCGCCGGUCUGUCUGCUGUCAACCAACUGUUAAAUGACGAUGUCCCCGCCGUGCUGCUAGAUAAGGCUAGUAGUUUCGGUGGUAAUAGUGUCAAGGCUGCUAGUGGUAUCAGUGGUGCAGGGACCUCCGUCCAGAAGAAGCACCAUGUCGAGGAUUCUCCGGAAUUGUUCUUGCAAGACACUCUUUCGUCAGCAAAGGGCAGAGGUGUCGAGAAACUGAUGAAGGUAAUGGCAGACGAGUCUGCAGGCGCCAUUGCUUGGUUGCAGGAAAGGUUCGGCUUGAAACUGGAUCUUCUGUCACAGUUGGGAGGACAAUCCGUCCCAAGAACUCAUAGAUCAGACGGACCAUUGCCACCGGGUGCAGAGCUGGUGAAGGCUCUCACGAGACGUAUUAAGAAUGUGUCUAGGGACUAUCCAGACAAGGUCAAAAUACAACUAGAUGCAAAAGUGACUGACAUAAAGAUCAAUAAAGAGACAAAUAGAGUCGAAUAUGUAGUGUACAGGGAUGCAUCGAACCAAGAGCAGGUGUUGAGGACUGGCAAUGUCCUCGUCGCCACCGGUGGGUUUUCUUACUCCCAAGACAUGUUGAAGAAGUACGCCCCACAGGUCGCCGGUCUGCCAACAACCAAUUGUUUACUGACUACCGGUGAUGGCCUUAAUAUUUUACAAAGUUUAGGCGCACACUUGGUUGAUAUGGACCAAAUUCAGAUCCAUCCAACCGGGUUUGUCGAUCCAAAGGAUAGAAAGAAUAACUGGAAAUUUUUGGCCGCCGAGGCACUAAGAGGUCUAGGUGGUAUUUUGGUCAACCCUUCAACCGGCAAAAGGUUUGUAAAUGAAUUGGAGACUAGAGACACAGUCACUGAAUCCAUCAGAAAAGCUUGUAAGAAAUCAGAGGGUGUCUCGCUUUUAGUUAUAAGUGAAAAUACUUUCCAAGAUUACAAAUCAAGUGUAGAGUUUUAUAUCUCCAAAGGUUUAGUACAAAAAAUGCCGAUCUCGUCUUUGGUCAGUGAAUACAACCUUCCAAUCUCAGCAACUGAAAUUGCAAGUGAUUUAAUCGAAUACUCGACAGAAAAGAAGGACAAAUUUGAUCGUGUUCAUAAAAUAAAUACGUUUGGUGACGCUGUCACCGCGGAUACCGAAGUUUAUGUUGCUGAAAUUACUCCAGUGGUCCAUUUUACUAUGGGAGGUGUCAAAAUAGAUGAAUUCUCACAAGUCUUAAAUGAAUCGGACUCGCCAGUCGCAGACGGUUUGUACGCAGCAGGUGAAAUUACAUACGGUGUUCACGGUUCAAACAGAUUAGGUGGCUCCAGUUUACUGGAAUGUGUUGUAUUUGGUAGAAUUGCUGCUCAACACAUUAGCAGAAAUUUUUAA